AUGCGACAACUCCUCUCUUCCUUCCUGCUCGCCAGCGCCAGCGCCAAGAUCUCAAUCGCGCACGAGGCGACCGCGAUGCUGAAGCUGCAGCCGAAAGAGACGGCGCUGCGUCUCACCGGCAGCCUCUUGGCGCCCAAGUGGGCCAAGGUCACCUACGAUGUCGUGCACCGGGCCGACAUCGCGCAGACUGCGUACAAGCUGACCUCGCGUGCACACGGCUGCUCAGUCGUCGCUGCCACACCGUUUGUAGAAGGUCGUGCGUGCGGCCCGCUGCUGUCGGGCUCGCUGAGCCUCGUCGACGCCCUCUUCGAAAGGCACAUCGGCCCGCUCGGCGACCUCUUCGCCUCCUUCUCCUUUCAGUCUAGGGUGCUCGGCGCUGCGCUGUCUCGGCAGCUCGGCGAGAGGAGCAGCCUCGAGGCAGAGGCGGAGGUGGGCCCCGACGGACGAAAGGUGGCCUUCGGCGGAGCGCUGGCCACUGCGUGCGGUCCGGCGGGCAUGGACCUCGAAGCUCGCGCUAAAGUGCGGGACGGCGAACUCUCUCUCGACUGCACAGUCGGCUACGCCGCGGAGCUGGCGGCGGGGCGCACGCUGAGGGCGACAUUCUCACCCAGACCCUCGGGGCGGCUCUCGGCGCAGAUCUCCGACCGGGCCCUCGAGCCCGGUGCGGCGUGGAUCAUCCAGGCGACAGCAUGGCCCGCCAGGCGGAUGCCAGAGGUCACGGAAAUCGAGGGACGCCUCGGCGCGUCAGCUCGGCUCGGCGUAGCGAUAGUGGCCAGCGCAACUCGCCUGGACUCAACGCUCAGCCAGGAGCUCCCGCACGCGCUGGCGCGAAGCCUCUACAACAAACUCUACAGCAAAAUCGCGCUCUACAUCGCUCUACAGGCGACUCACAUCGUCACGCGCCGGAUGUAG